AAUGGACAGGGUAUUGCCCGUCAUUCUGUUUCCCAGUUUCUCUCUUCUACACCACCACUCAGCCAUGGCAGACAUUCUUCAGCUUAGAUAAUGGAAUCCUGUUCCUGAAGGUCUACGGAACCCUUAAGAACUGGAUUCAUUUUACUAGAACUCCUUUGUGGGUCUUUUUCGUGUCAGUCCAGCAAUUUGGAGAGGAAAUGGAGCGGCCAAAUCGAGGGCAGAGAUGGGCUAAUUUGAAGCAACGGCUAGGACUGAUGAAGGGGAUGGGGUGCUGUGGAGGCGCAUGGAGUUCAACAUCGUCAACUUUGACGAUGAUUGAUGGUAUAGGUUUAAGCCGCCAUGGAAGUAGCCGCAGCCAUAGAGACGAUGGGAUUCGGAGCUCUGCAGCUUCCGGGAUGAACUUGGCGAUGGCUCUGGCGGCUGAGAGAAACUUAACCGAGGAAGGAGGCCCCACCGUCGGCAAUGUGAAAUCACUGAUGAGAUUAUUUGAAGAAAUAGACGGUGGGGAUUGGAAGACGAGAAGAAAGGAGAGUGAGAAUAACGGUGAUUGGUUGUGCUGCGUGUGCAUGGAGAGGAGUAAAGGUGCUGCUUUUAUUCCCUGUGGACACACCUUUUGUAGGGUAUGUUCUAGGGAACUACGGCUCAAAGGAGGCACCUGUCCUAUUUGCAGCCGUUCGAUCAUUGAGAUUCUUGAUAUUUUUUAAGAUAGAAGAAAAUUCAUUUUCGUUCUCCUAAAUUAUUGUCUUCACGUGAUCUUUGUGUUUUUAUAUGAAAUCAUGGAAGAAAGGAUAAGGCAGCUGAUUUUUGGUUUGCACAA